GUACUUUGGAAGAAGAAAAUUUAAGGAUUAUAAAAUGCCAAAAUAGGAAUCCAGACAAGGGUAGUUACCCAAGAGAGGAUGAACCUAACCCACCAGUCACUUGUAUGUGUGGACUCUGGAUGCCUGUAGAGGGUAGCUUUUUCCUCUCCAAUGGCUUCUCUUUUUCCAUUCUCUCUUCCCAAACCAACGACACCUAAAGCUUCUGCAUCCCUUACUGCUGCCACCACCACCCUCUCCGCUCCAGAGACACUAGACGAAAAGUUUGGCCGGAAAGGCAUCAGAUUCUUGGAAUUCAAUAACAUACCAACGGUGGAGCUCACCGUUAGAAAUGGCAGCUCUGUGAGGCUUCAGAUACCUGAUGCUCAUGUCACUUCUUACAAGCCAAAAGUGUACUGGAAAGAUGAUGGGUUUGAAGAGGUUCUUUACACGAUUCCUGCUAAUGGAACAAACUCUGCAACAACUAAAGGUGGCAUUGGUUUGGUCAUCAAUGAUGUCUCUGAAGCUGGUAAUUCAAAGGAGUCAAUCUUAACAACUGCUGAAUGGUCUGUCAAAGAUGUGGACUCUGAUUCCAUUGAUGCUCUCCAGAUUGAAUUGGGCUGCACUAGUGGAGCUCUAGAUAUAACUUAUGUUGUUUCCCUCUAUCCACUGAGCAUGGCAACGGCAGUAGUAGUAAAGAACCAAGGACUCAAGCCUGUAACUCUGACUGGUGCCAUACUUAGCCAUUUGAAAUUCAAGAAAAGAAACAAAGCAGGAAUUCAAGGACUUCGUGGAGCUAAAUACUGCAUACAUCCUCCAUUCUCUUCGCCUUUCGAAAUUCUUUCUCCUACCGAAGCCAUGAAACCUGACGAUGAGACUGAAUGGUUCUCUUUUUUUGGUCCUGAACCUGCUGGAAAACCUGGUUCAUGGAGUCUUCAAGCUGUUCCCUUCACGAUUUUGAAGCAUAAGUUCAGUAGAGUUUAUGCAGCUCCGCCGGAGGAGAGACUCGAGGGUGUUUACAGAACCCCACCAUCAAAAUAUGAAGCCCUUGAUCAGGGACGUGAGCUAUUCUUUCGGAUUAUACGCGUCGGCUUUGAAGACAUACUCCUAUCUAGUCCUGGUUCUUUCUAUCAGAAGUAUGGAGAUGAGUACUUCAUCUGCACUGGACCUGGUGCUAUCCUGGUGCCUGUGGAACUAGAGCCUGGUGAAGCUUGGAGAGGGGCACAGGUCAUUGAGCAUGAUAAUUUGUAAUUACAUUUGAACUAUCAUAGAACCCUAAAUUCAAUUUCCUACAACUUUCCAAUCUCAAACUUGGAUUUGUUGUUUGGGAAUAAAUGUCUUCUGAUGAAAUUUUUUUGAAUGAUACUUUACAGAGACA